AUGACGAUUAAAGUUAUGCAGUCCAGCAGGAUCAGCAGAAAGAGGACACCCUCCCCACCUGUAUCAACCGACUCGUCCAACCUGCCACCGGACUUUGCGUCUUUAAUCCAGCCAGACCCGCCUGUCAAUAUGCUUCAUGCCGAGCUGCUCUACCAUCUGUCUGCAGAAACAUUACCUUCCCUGUCCAUGGGUGGAAACAACCUAAUCCUUUUACACAAAGAGGCGAUGAAGUACGGACUGGCUGCCCCCUAUCUAAUGAAUGAGCUACUGGCCCUCGCUGCUAUACACCUUAGUAUCAUUCGUGAGACUCAGAAUGAGUUCUAUAGACACCAUUCGACGCAGUUACAGAACCAUGCACUUCGGAUGUUUUAUGAGACCGACUCAGAUCUCAACAUUAAAUCACAGGUACCGGCAUUCAUCUUCUCAUCCAUCCUGGGUAUGCAUCUAAUCUGCGACACACUGGUAUAUCGAGACCAUGAUUUUCAAGCCUUUCUAGACCGGUUCAUCCACUAUCUCCGUAUCCACCGUGGAGUCCGUACAGUCAUUGGAGGCAAUUGGAAUCAGAUGAAAGAGACAUCACUCUCGCCAAUUCUGAAUGAAGCUGAGGCACGCCUACAAAAUUAUAUGAGGGAAGGACUGGUGUGCAGCCGCCUUCAUGAACUUAUCAAAGCCUCCAAGCUAGGCCCUUCAAUUACUGAAACCUAUGAGCAAGCGAUCGAGACUUUGCAAUCAUCAUUCAAUGCCUCUCAAUCUGAUGCGGCCGUCGGUAAUAUACAUGGUGCUCUUGCCUGGCCGAUCAUUGUUUCUUUGGAGUAUACCAACAUGCUAGUGCACCGUAGGCCGGAAGCACUUGUUAUUCUAGCGCAUUAUGCAGUUAUUCUGCACUCCUGCCGCGACAUGUGGGUUUUUGGUGAUGGUGGCAGAUUCUUAAUCCGGUCCAUCGACCGGUAUCUAGGGCCGCAGUGGGCGGAAUGGCUCUCAUGGCCGAAUCACAUCUUAGAUGAACCAGCAACCCCGUGUCUCGGCGGCACAAGCUGA